AUGAAGCUUUUUGUGGCACUGGGGAUUGGAACCUUCCUUCAGUUUUACCAAGCCGCCAUCUACACUAACGACUGGGCCCUAAGGAUAAACGGAGGUGUUAAAUCUGCGACCAGGGUCGCGGAGAAAUAUGGAUUCACAUACAUGGGGCAGAUCGGGGCGCUGAGAAAUCAUCACAUCUUUCGCCACCACGGGAUGGCCGCGCGGUCCACGGCACCCAACAACGCAGUAACAGUUCACGUCGCCAUGGAUACGGAGGUGGAAUGGCUCCAACAGCAGGCGAUCGGGAAAAGAGUGAGAAGAACUUUCUACUCCUGCGAAAAGAACUCCCAAAGUGGAGAUCCUCUUCACCGCCUCAACCAGACCUGCUUGCAACACUUAAACGAGUACAAGCGGAGGUACAAUCUCUGCAGCGAUGACUCCGAAGGCUGCCGGCCCCCCAUGAACAUCGCUGGGGCCUGGGGGAGGGGCUACACCGGCAGGGGCGUGGUUGUGUCCGUCUUAGAUGAUGGCCUCGAUGGAGAGCAUCCAGACUUGAAACCAAAUUACGACGCUCUCGCCAGUUUUGAUGUGAACGGACAAGAACGACAUCCGUCGGCGAGUUAUUCCGUGACGGCUGCCAACUCUCACGGGACUCGUUGUGCAGGAAUGGUGGCGGCAGCCAUGUCUGCAAACCAGUCCACGUGCACCGCUGGAGUGGCUUUCCGCACAAGGAUCGGAGGCGUCCGGAUGCUGGAUGUCCCGGACGGAGAAGUGACAGACGUGGCAGAGGCGCAGGCGCUGAGCUUCAAACCACAAUAUGUUGACAUCUACUUGGCCAGCUGGGGGCCGGUUGACGACGGCGCCACUGUGGACGGACCCGGACCCCUGACUCGUCUCGCUUUAAAGAAUGGCAUUCAAACUGGCCGACACGGGCGCGGCUCCGUUUACGUCUGGGCGGCGGGAAGCGGGGGUCACAGAGGCGACCACUGCUCAUGUGACGGCUACAGCAACAGCAUCUACACCAUCUCCAUCAGCAGCGGCGGCGGCCGGGUCCUCCAGAACCAGCCCGAAAACCAGGAGCGAUGCGCGUCCACGCUCGCCGCAGCCUCCGCCGCAGAUGAGAUUAGCUGCGGUCCGGCGAAAUGGGACCCGGCCCUCUCCGCUUCGGCGGCGGCGGGCAUCAUCGCGCUCAGCCUGGAGGCCAAUCCUCUGCUCACGUGGAGAGACCUCCAGCACAUCAUCGUUCAGACGUCAGAUACUCGCCAGCUUGCGGCGUCAGACUGGCAAAUGAAUGGCGCCGGACACAAAGUGAGCCACCUGUAUGGCUUCGGCUUGCUGGAUGCCGAGGGGAUGGUACUGCGGGCCAAGCGAUGGCGGCGGGUCCCCCCGCAGAGUGCGUGCACGGUUGAGGCGCCCACUCCGUUAAAGAGAAUUCUGGCCGCGGGAAGGCCGCUGACAUCCGUGCUGGAGACGUCCGGCUGCUCGGCUUCAUCCCGACGGCGGCGGCACGUGGCCUUCGUGGAGCACGUGGUGGUGCGUGUCACAGUGGCUUGCUGUCGCCGUGGCGACCUUUCCAUUGCGCUCACGUCGCCCUCAGGCACCGUGUCACAGCUUCUCGAUAAAAGGCCUCACGACAACUCCACUGAGGGUUUUCACCGGUGGGAAUUCAUGACAACUCACUGCUGGGGGGAACGGGCGGAUGGGGAAUGGACCUUGAACAUCUGUGACUCUCCCUCUCAAGGGAGGGAAAACUCUCACGCGGGGAGACUUGACGAGUGGUCUCUGGUGAUUUACGGCACCGCACGGCCGCCGUAUCCCGCUCAGCGCAGGCCGGUGCGGUCGGCUGACGUACCGAAGGACGCCGACUUCGCUGAAGAAUACACUGGACCCUGCGACCCAGAGUGCAGCGAUGACGGCUGCGACGGUCCCGGCCCUCGCCAGUGCGUCACAUGCGCCCGCUAUUUCCUUAAAUUGAAAAACAACACAAGAACGUGCGUGUCCGGGUGUCCGCGGGGAUUCUGGGGUGAUCGGCGGCGUUGCAAGCGGUGCUACGCCACCUGCGAGAGUUGCACAGGAAGUCGCAGUGACCAGUGCACUUCCUGUCUAGCCGGAUAUCACUUGACCGAGGGGGCCGACACCUGCACCGCCGUCUGUGAGGAGGGCUUCUUCCUGGACCACGAUGCGAAUAUGUGUCGGAAAUGCGGCGAGAGGUGCUCGAGGUGCACGUCCGCCGGCGUCUGCACGGAAUGCAAAGCAGACUCGAGCCCGCGUGGGAGCCGGUGCCUGCCAAGCUGCGCGCCGGGAAUGUACCACGACGAGGCCGAGGGCGUUUGCAAAGCGUGCCACCGGGCGUGCGCCGCCUGUGCAGGCGCCGGCGUGGAGGCGUGCACGGAGUGCGCGGACGGCUACCUGACGGAGCAAUGGAGGUGCGUUCCGUCGUGCAGGAGCGGCUUCUUCGCCACAGACCCUGAGAUGGCCCACGGUCGCUGGGCGUGUCGGAGGUGCGACGCAAGCUGUCUCACCUGUGUCGGGCCGGGCCGGGCCAACUGCAGCAGCUGUUCCAGCGGCCACAGCCUGCAGGAGGGCGAAUGUGUUCUCCGCACGGCAUGCACAGAUGGGGAAUACCAGGACGGCGACGGGAUGUGCCACCCGUGUCACCCGACGUGCUCGAAGUGCACAGGACCGCAGCAUCUAGACUGCGUCAGCUGUGGCGCUUCACACGCUCUGGACGAAGGUCGCUGCCUGGCGGAGUGCCCCCGGGGCAAGUACCAGUCGGGCGGGCAGUGCCACCUGUGUGACCACACCUGUGCGACCUGUGUGGAGGCGGGGCCUUCCAACUGUACAAACUGCGACAGCGACAAGUUUGGAACGGAGCGUUACCUCCACAAAGGCGGCUGCGUGGACGCCUGCCCCGAGGCCUUCUACCGCACCCCCGAGAGGACCUGCGAGGCCUGCCCGCACCCGUGCACGCUCUGCACGAGCGCCGCCCACUGCCUGAGGUGCAACGCGUCCCACUACUUGUCCGACGGCGCCUGUGUCAAGCUGGAGUGCGACGAAGGGGAAGUUGAAGAUCCAGACUCCAGCGACUGCAUGGCCUGUGAGGAGGGCUGCAGGCAGUGUGUUUUGUACAACCCGAGGCAUUGCCUGUCCUGCAAAGACGGCUUUUACAACUUCCAGGACGGAUGCUACAAAAACUGCCCCGCCAAGACGUACAGUGAGGACGAGGAGAUGAGCUGCGUCCCGUGCGACGGCAACUGCGUGAGCUGCGACCGGCACGAGUGCUACUGGUGUGAAACGGACCUCUUCUUGGCAGAGGGAAAAUGCGUGUCCGUCUGCCCCGAGGGAUUUUACGGCGACGAGGACACCAACGACUGCGAGGAGUGCCACGCAGACUGCGCGACGUGCCGCCGUCCCGGCCGUGACGGCUGCGUGUCCUGCGGCGACGGCAAAACGCUGCACGACGGACGGUGCCUGACUGAAGGCGACGUCUGUCCCGUUCUGACCUUUCGCGGCGGUGAUGGCGAAUGUGUGGCGUGUCAUCCUUCCUGCGAAUCCUGCUCUGGAAAAGACAAGAACCAGUGCACCAAAUGUACAAAAGGACACUUUUUGAGCCCUCAGCACACGUGUGUGUCAAAAUGUCCAGCGGGUUCGUUCGAGGACCGGCUCAGCGGCCAGUGCGAGGCGUGCCCCGCCGGGUGUUUGCACUGCGUGGACCUCGAGCGCUGCACCCGCUGCCUGAGCCGCCCCACAGCGCCGUUGUUCCUGCAGGACGGCCAUUGCGUCCAGCAGUGUCUCAGAGGUUAUCCGGCGGGUCAGGCGUGCCGAAGCUGCGCGCCGGGCUGCGCGUCCUGCGAGAUGAACGCCGCCUACUGCCUGAGCUGCCGAGAACCUCUGCUGCUGCUCGGUCACCGGUGCGUGGGGGAGUGUCCCGCCGGUCACACGCUCCACAUCCAGGAGUGCCGACGCUGCCCCGCGGCCUGCGAAGAGUGCAGCCCCCUUGGGGAGUGCACAGCCUGCGAGGAGUAUCACUUCCUCCACGAGGGCGCCUGCGUGCCCGACUGCCCCGACCGCUUCUUCGGCGAUAACGAGCGACGGGAGUGUCUGCGAUGCAGCGCCGACUGCCGCUCGUGCGACGGUCCCGGACGCCGCGACUGCGACGCUUGCGAGGACCCCCGGGCCAUCCUACUUCACGGCGAAUGCGUGACCCCGUGUCCCGCCCAGACCUUCGUGGACGACGCCACAGGAGAAUGUCGACCGUGUGACGUCUCCUGCCUCACCUGCGCGGGCCCCUCGGCCGACUCCUGCUCCGGCUGCCGGGAGGGCUUCGGACUGGAGGGCCGCGGCGGAUGCCAGCCGUGUCACAAGGACUGCCGCCGCUGCUCCGGCCCGGGGAAGAACCGCUGCUUGAGCUGCAAGCACAGACGUCUUCUACUCGAUGGCAGCUGCGUGGACGAAUGUCCGCCAAGUUUCUACGGCGACGAGUCGCGCCACAAAUGCGAAGCGUGCCACCCGACUUGUCAGUCCUGCGUGGGGAAGCGCAGCCGCGAGUGUCUGGCCUGCAAGGACGGGCUCUUCCGCCACGGCAACCACUGCGUGGAGACCUGUCCGCACAGUCACCGUGGCAACCGGGCCUCAGGGGCGUGCGAGCCGUGCGACCCGACUUGCGGCGGGUGUUCGGGGGACGGGGACUGCCUGAGCUGCGCCCCGGGACUGGUCUUCAUGCCGCGGGAAGGCCGCUGCCUCCGCGCUUGCCCUGACGGAUUCUAUCGCCGGCAAGAUGGCGACGACGCUACGUGCGAGCGUUGCCACGGCAACUGCGCAACGUGCUCAGGGAAAGGUUCCCACUCCUGUGAGUCGUGCGGGCCCGGUUACCGCCAGUCGGGCAGCACGUGCGUGUCCGUGUGCGACACGGCCGAGUACCCGCUAAUCAAGGUACAGUCGCAUCUGUCCAUGAAAUAUAAAAAAAAAAUUAGAGAUGAGGGUUACCAGUUCAGGGCGUACCUCGCCCUCCUGCCCGAAGUGAGCCGGGAUAGGCUCCGGUGCUGCCGCCGACCUUGUGAGGGUAAGCGGCUCAGAAAACGGAUGAAGGGUCUGAGUAUGUCGCCCGUCAGGGUUCCGGUCACAGGCGAGGACUGCGACGCGUCGUGCCUGCGCUGCGAGGGGGCCGGCCCGGCCGAGUGCAGCGCGUGCCCCCCGCACGCCAUCCUGGAAGCCGGGGGGCGCUGUCUCCUCUGCUGCCACGUCGCCGCCGCCACGCGCGCCGAGGAUUGCUGCAACUGCACCCAGACGACAGGUCAGGAAUGCGUCCUCACAACCAACCUGGCGUUCAAGAACGAGGAAGAGGAGGAGAGGGGCAACCCGGUGGUCUUCAUCAUGGCGGGUGUCCUCCUCGGUGCCGGAAUCGUCGCCGCCGCCGCCGUCUUCCUCAUCAGGCACUCGCGUUCCAAAAGGGCGCCUUCGGACGGGACCCAGCGCGGCUACGAAAAGCUGGGUUCCGGAUCGGGUUCCGGCGGGUGCAGCUCACCCUCAUCUCGCGACAAAGGCAUGCAGAUGGACGACUUGGCCCAACACUACUCGGUCGGAAAAGAUGAUGAAGAUGGGGACGACGACGAAGAGGACAUUGUGUACAUCAGUCGGGACGGGACCGUGUACAGGAAGUUCCGCUACGGAGAAACGGGCGAAGAUUUGGAGUACGACGACGAGAGCGACACGUAUCGAUGACUCGUCUGAAGUAAGGAAGAAGUGCAGACAAAUUGGGGGGGGCAUAUCUAGCGGAUGAAUAUUGAUCAAACCAAAAUUCAAUACAAUUCGAAUUUGAAGUUCAAUUUUUGACAUUGACACCUACAAAAGUGUCACUAAACAGCGACCCCCAAAAAAAUAAAAAUGUUGACAGUGGAGAUUUUGGCUCAAAGCCGGCGAUAUAGCACGAGAGGAGCAGAAAAAAAAAAAUAGAGAAAAGGAAUACGUUUUAUUUUCGCCUAUUACUGUUCUCACAAUUUUACUGUUUAGCCAUCUGAAUAUUAGCAAAAGUGAAUUUUAUGAUGAACGUGUAGCUGACAAUGUUUGGACUACAUUUUUUGUGGUAGCCAUAAAAUAUUAAGUUACACUUCUACAGCAUUACAAAAAUUGCAUUAGGCCACUCUACUAAAAUGAGCCAUUAUGUAUCUAUUAUUAUCUUCUUUGAAGCCGAAAUAAAGCACACAAUAUUAAACAUUUUGGAAAAUUGUCAUAAUUUCUUUAAAAUAUUAGUUUGUAUUCAAACUGCACCUCGGUGACUCUUUAUCAGUAGCAUUUUUUAUAAAUUAGUGAUUAAGAUGUAUUAAAAAAAAUAAAUAUUGAAUAUUACAAAUAUGUAUACCGUAAUUUCUAGCCUAUACGCCGUGACUUUUUUCACGCU